AAUGGGUUUAGUCGUCGUUGGCUGUUUUGCCUUGCUGCCCGUGCGAAUAUAAUACACUGAACAUCGCCAUGAGGCUUCCUCAUCUUGCUUAACCGACCCUUCUUAAGCUCUCACACGCACAAAAUGAAGCGGAGUGACUUCGUUGUCUCAUCCUACGAGCCAGACGACCCGUCGUCGUCGGCUUGGAAUCCCCGAAACUGGACCAGGAGGAUAUGGCUGAUCAUAGUUACGGUGAUUGUCGUGAUUGUGGUGGUUGUCGUCGGAACUGUCGUCGGUGUGAGGGCCACGAGGAACGGUGACAGCGGCAAUACGAGCUAUCCCGACUAUUCCAAGUUGAACUACACCCUGAUCGACUCUUACUCGAGCACAUCCUUCUUUGACAAGUUUGACUACUUUUCCACUUGGGACCCAGCCGGGGGUUUUGUGCACUAUGCAGACCCAAACUUUGCUGCGACAUACAACCUCACCUACUCGACGCCCUCUACCUCCAUCAUUCGAGUUGACACCAGGCUCGGACCUGGCACAGAACCCGAUGCCUCCACAGGACGCUUAUCAGUCCGUCUCGAGUCCAAAGCGCAGUACGGGCCAGGACUCUUCCUCUUCGACGUCAAGCACACGCCCUACGGGUGCGGCACAUGGCCGGCUCUCUGGCUGACAGACCCCAACAACUGGCCCGCCCACGGCGAGAUCGACCUGAUGGAAGCCGUCAACCAGGCCACGACGGGCAACAUGGUGGCGCUGCACACGACCGACGGCUGCAGCAUGGCCGACGUGCGGCGGCAGAUGGCGGGGACGGCCGGCCAGGGCGACUGCCACAACGCCACCAACUUCAACACGGGCUGCACGGUGACCGGCCCGCCGGCGACGUACGGGCCCGAGUUCAACGCGGCGGGCGGCGGGGUGGUGGCGCUGGAGUGGCGUGACGAGGGCAUCCGGGUGUGGGUGUUCUCGAGGGACGCGGGGGGCCGGGCGGUGACUAGCUUGCCGGCGGAGGGCAUGCCGGAUCCGAGUGUUUGGGGCCCGCCGCUGGCGGAUUAUCCGGCGACGAAUUGUGAUAUGGGCAGUCACUUUCGGAACCAGAGUAUUGUGGUCAAUAUUGACUUGUGUGGCUAUCUGACCCAGGCCGUGUGGGAGUCGUCUGGGUGUCCUUCGACUUGCACGGAUUAUGUUGCCAGCAACCCAUCUGCUUUCAAUAACGCGUUUUGGGAGUUUGGGGAUUUCCAGGUUUUCGAGGCGCGGUAGUAGAAGAGGGUUGACUGUUGCGUUGUUGUGGUAUUCACCCACCGAACAAAUUGUAAUACAGGCUCUUGAGUCGAUCCUUGAUACAAAUACUUUCGUGCUUAAACAU